AUGCAUCGCCGCCGUGGCGUUGGCUGGCGGAUCAAGGUGAGUCUAAUCAAAAAUGUUUGAUUCAAUGAGUUGAUCCUGAAAAAAGAAAUUAGAGGUAACUGUUUUGUACUUCAGGCCAAUUCAGGAUAAUAUAUAGACAAUCCUUCCCGACUUGGAAGACGAGACGGGUAGAUUGGAAACGCUGAGGCGGCUUCUGAUGGGAAACUCGAAGUCGAACCAUGGAAAAAUGUAGAAAACAAUAAGGUUUUAUAUUAUUCAUCCAACUGGAUGCUUUCAAAACCUUGUACAUUUUGAAUUUUUGAAUAACUAUUAUAAAAGUAGGGAAACGACGCUUUGAGUUCGAAACUAACGCAAAAACCCGGGCCGCGUCUCCCUUGCCAGGCAACCCAUCUCGCCUUUUAAGCCGGGAAGGAUCGACUAUAACAUCUCUCGAACUAGAGCGCCAAAAGAGUGCCACAACUCUUCAUCUGACAUACACUAUUUCGUCGUUUUCUCGCAGCUAGAUAACGAGGAAAUGGUGUGUGUCAGAGAAAGAGUUGUGUCGCCCUUUUGGCGCUCCAUAUCAGAGACGUCAUCAGAAACUUCACUAAAAAGGCUUUCUUUUCAGUAAAAGAUGAGAAUUAAUAACCGGAAAUGAAACUAUCUUUCUUUUUUCACAAUUUUCUCAAUGAAAACCACAUCACAGCCACAGCCAAAGCCACAGCCACAGCCAAAGCCACAGCCACAGCCACAGCCACGGCCAAAGCCACAGCCACGGCCAAAGCCACAGCGGAAGCCACUCAGCCGACGACAGUCGCCGUCCCACUCGCGGCCGCGAUCGCGAUCACGAGAGCAGCAGCAGAGAAGACAAGACCAAAAACUGAAUUUCGUCGUACCCAAGAAGGCUGGCGAAUAAGUCCCAACAUAUUGAAACAGUCGUAAAAAUAAAUCUGUGAUCCAAUUGAAAUUUUUUUCUUGUUCAAAAUAAAGCAUUUCGACUUGUUGGCGUUUUCCUUUUCUUUGUGCAGAAAAAGAGCGGAAAUGAGAGAUAAUUCACUUUUUUCCGAAGACUCGCUGCACAUCACAAAUAGUGGGCAAAAACAAGAUUUUUGAGUAGAUUUUCGGUGUUUUUUUCAAGAUUACGGUGAACGAAGUCAGUAAGAUGCAGGCUUGUUCUGUGCCCCUUCAUGAUAAAUUUUCCUCUGAAUAAAAUAUUUCUUAGAGAACAAUUUUUAGAAUUUUUCACAAAUAAAACAAAUACCCUCACUCGGCUAGUUUUCGAGAUACGGUGACUCAAAGGAUUACGGUAAAAAAAAUUCAGAAAUUCAUUUUAUCGGCAAAAUUUCAACGAGUCUCAACCAAAGUUCUACACAAGGUUUUCAACGUCGCAAGUUAUUAUCUCAUUUCAUCACGUCGACUAGUCGGUCUCAUUGCCGCUCUCUCAUGGGAUAAUAUUCCGACGCCCGUCGGUUGUGGACAAUCUCGGCGCUGUACUUUCCCAACAUGGUGAAGCAGUUUAUUCGCUGGUACUACCAACGGGCCCACAUUAUUUCCCAACGCUGGCUGUCACGCCGGGACAAGCUAGGAAAAAGUUUAUUGGACAAAAAAACUUCAAACGAAAAUUUUAACAAAGUCUGAAAAAUGUUCAAAAUGUUUAGAGAAACUGAAAUUGUCGAUUUCGAUCACGCGAGUUCUUUUGAAAAAUGAUUGAAAUACUGCUUUCGUUUUUAUCUCGCAAGAAAUGGAUAAAUAAAACUUUGAAUCGUAAAAAAUUUCUUUUAAAUGUCAGAAGAGAGGCAUGAAAAACCAUUGUGGUUUCUUCGUCGGUAGGCCCUCCUUUCAGUUGGGAUUCAUUUUUUUUCAUAACUUCUGCAAUUAAAGUUCUUUUGAGGUUCGGAGAAUGAAACUUUUGACCAUUCUCCUUCUGAUCGGGUGCAUCGCGACCGUGGCCUUGGCCUGUCUUGGAGUGAGGUGAAUUUAAGUUCAUUCAUUCACUUCCUAAUGGAAAAAAUAGAUUCAGUGUACUCUGAGAAUUGCAAACUGAGCAGUCGAAGCGUGACAUUUAGUUGUACAGUUAUAAAUCGGAUAAAGAAAAUGAAUUGUUGAGCCUUGCUGAUUUGGACUUGGAACUAAUCAAGCAACUAUUUUAUCAAAGUUUUUAACUUGAAAGAUUUGGUGAAAAAUAGGGUUUUGAUAAGUAAAAAAAAAAUUGACUAUAGCAAAAGCUACUGUGGUUGUUUUUAAUGAAUUUCGACCCAAGAAACUUUUGAAUAAGAGAAGCAGUUCGAGAUCUAGAUCCGAGAACUCAAACGAACGCAUUUCACAACUUUUAGUAUAAUUCAGACGCCCUCCUCCUCAACGACCACGUCCCCCACGCCCUCCAGUCCGUCCGCACCCUCCACGCACUACAAGACGUCCGCUACCCCCAAGCACCACACGCCCUACAACUACCCCACCCCCUACAAGCAGUCCAGAACAUCCUGAUCACCAUCACCAUCAUGAUCACCAUCAUGAUCACCAUCAUCCUGACCAUCACCGUCCUGAUCAUUCAGGCCAUCAUGACCAUUCAGGCCAUCGUGACCAUUCAGGCCAUCGUGACCAUUCAGGCCAUCGUCGCCACACAUGCAUUCGUCGCCAUCAUCGACCUGGCCACGGCGAACACGACGGUCGGCCCGGUCGCGAUGGGAAAGAUGGAAGAAAUGGAAAAGACGGGAAAACAGGAAAGACCAACGUCGAGGUCGUCGUCGUUGUGGAAAAUGACGGGAAGGCGGCUAAAAACCAAUCCAGUCUUGUACAAGCAUAAAGAACUGUUUUGCGUCUUCUUCUCACUUUUUGGCAAUAAACAUGGCGUCGUAUAUCUUUUGUACAGGAAAAAACCGAAGGGAACGUUUUCUACGAAACCGAUGAAAGUGAUACAACUAUCUUUGACCAACAGUCUGGGAAGCAAUACUUUUCAAGUGCCUCUUCGAAACCUUUUUUCUCUGAGCUCACGAGUAGAGUGAGUUCGCCUUGACGUACACCUAAAACUUGCACACGGGUCUUACCAACAAUAUUUGAAAGACAAAUCGAAUCAUUUUCCACACACAAAUACGAUACAGUAGCCGAAGAAGUUUGUUGUAAAUCAUCCAUCAUCAAUAUUCAUUGGUUGUUUUAGUCAGUUGGAAUCGACUAGACAGUGAAAAAAUUGCUCUUUUGAGCUGUACUAAUACCGCCUCUGGCGAAAAAAGAAGACAAAACGUGUAGUUGAUUGAAUUGAAAACAUGGGGUUACGGUCCUUCUCCUCAUUCUUCCACAAGUAGAUCCCUCAGUUUCGCGGGUACGGGCACGGCGGUGAUGGUAUGUCUCGGGCACGGACGCCGUGUACACUCUAGGGCAGCCUCGGCCGACUGAGAGAGCUCCCUCUUCGAGUGAAGAAAAUACGCGGAAUGAAUAAAAUACACGGAAUUGUUAUGAAAACGAUUGCUUUGACUUGAAGUUUCGAAGAAGCUUGUGAGAAGGUUCCAAUUAGCGUGUCGGACACACAUAUCGAGUCGCCGUCCAGAAGAUGCAGGUUGAUAUCGAAUCCAAAGGCUAUGCUACGAAGUAUCAGACCUGUGUUUCAAUUAGAAUUUUUCUGUAGUGGUUUACUUUUUGUUGGACUCGGUUCAAACCAAUAUUUCGAACUGUCAAUAACAUAAAUUCACUUACGUCCGUUGGUUAGAAUUUCAAGUCAAAGUAAUUGUUUUUGACAAAAUUAAGGACGAAAAUCCGAAAAAAUACCUAUUUUUGCUACUGCACGUAACAGAGAAACUAGAUUUUUUUCACGCUGAAGAAAAAAAAUGCCAUCAGAAAUUAGAAGACUACUGAUUAUUUGAAAUAAGGCUGAUGAUAUAAGUCGAUAAGUAUUCUAGUUGAUGUUCACCGUCGGUUGAAUGGCUAAGAUAGGUUUUACCAGUUCUUCUUUCGAAUAGAAGGCCAUAAGCUAUACACCGCACUAUUCUCUCAUGAAGAAACAGGGACCGUCGGAAUGUUCAAACUUCGGAACGUCUACUAUUAUCCCAAGGAGAAUGAGAUGAUCUACGCGCCGUUCUUAAACGACGACAGUUUGGCGUUCGCGGUUCUUGGCGCUAGUUCAGUUCGAGCGACUAUUUGGAGAGCUCGUUUAUCGCUCAGUUCAAUUUUCUUAAAAAUCCGUUCUUGAUUUUUUAUUUCAUUUGUGCAUUAAAAAAUAGAGGAAUCGAUUCAAAAGGAGCGGUUACCGAGCUUUUUGAAUAGUCGAUGGAACUUGAAUUGAAUUCGUGCCAAGGACCGCGUUCCUACACACUACGCGACCCGCUCCCUCGCCUUUCAAGUCGGGAUGGAUUGACUAUAUCAAGGUGUUCUUUUAUUUCUGAAAAUUUUGUGGGGUUUUUAGUAUCUCUACUAACCUUCCGAUAAACGAAGCCACCUAAAACCGAAUGGAAAGAAAUAAAAAACCUGUGAUUAAACUUUGAAGCAAAUCGAAGAAUAAUGUUAUGUUCGUUCAUUCCAUCGUCGAAAUUUCAUUGAUCCUCACAGAGAAGGGGUGAUAAAAAUUUUUAAAUCGUAAAAAAAUCAUUAAAAAAAGAUGAAUUAAACUUUGGAUCGUAAAAAAAUGCAUUUAAAAGCCAAAAGAAAGCCAGCAACAGGUAUUUGUGGUUUUGUCGUCAGGCGGGCCUCUUCUCAGUUAAAUUUGCUUCUCUCAAGUUUUCCGAAUUCAACUUCUUUUCAGGUUCAAAAAAUGCAACUUCUGACCAUUCUACUUCUGAUCGCGUGCAUCACGACCGUGGCCUUGGCUUGUGGACCAAGGUGAGUCUCAUCAAAAGUUAUUCAUUCCGUGACUUAGUUAUUCUAAGAACUUAACAAUAAGAAAAAGUUUCCAUAACAAAUUUCAGCGACUGACAAGUAAUACUUGAAGUUCUAUAGAUGAAUCUGCUUGAUUCUUUUUUUUUCGAUUUAAAAGCAAACAGCUAAACACGAAUUUUAAUGAAAACAAAGUUUGAGCCCCUUAGAAUCAUUCGACUCUCGAAAAAUCUUGCUUUCUGCAUCACAUCGAUACGCAAAGCUUUUUGUAAAUCAUGCGACAAUCACAAUUCGUGCACCAAAGAAUUUUAAGCUCAUGAAAAUAUUUCAUCGAUUUCAAAGGUACUUUUUAUAUUUUAUUAUGAAUAAAUCGCUUUCAUUGGAAACUUUUGAGAAAAAAAAUUAGAACCGUUCUAGCCGUGCGAAUUGGAAUCAAAUCUUGAAGAGAAUUUUAAAAAAAAAGAGAACUUUGAAUUGAACGUGUCGAGUACUUUUUUAUAUUUCAGACGACGUCCUCCCACAACUACUACAACCACAACUACAACUCGACGUCCACGUCACACAACUCGCUCAGGGCGCGGUCACAGGAGCCAUAG